CGGCAAAAGAAAAGAACAAUUAAACAUUACUUUUUCUAUCAAGAAUGAUAAAUCUGUACAGCACUUUUAAAAAGAAACAGACUGUUGUUCCCAAUCCUCACAAGAAGAAAUCUAUUGCUGCCAUAUCAGAGAAAAAUGUUUUAUACACUUGCAAGAAUCUUAACAAUGGCAGAGCUGAAUCAAGCAGUUCCAGCAUAAAACACAUAUAGAUUCAUUCUCAUAGUGGAAAUGGUCGAGACUAAUGAAAUUAAAUAUAUUUGAAGUAACCAAAUCAUAAUGUGUAAUUUGAAGGAAGUUUUACCUUUUCAAAUGCAGACUCCAAUAAUUUGCAAACUUCUGAUUGUAUGAUCAAAGUUGUUCUCUAAUGCAAUCAUUAGCAUAUAAAUAAAUAUCAAACUAAGCUUACUCCAAAAUCAUCUCAUAUAUUGGUAUAGCUUGUUACUCCCCCUGCCAAAGGAUGGCCUCUCAUGGUUUAAUAUCCUUCUUCUCUUCUUCUCUCUUCCUCCACCUUCUCCUCCCCAUAACCAAUGCCUUCACCCUAGAAAUCAUAAACAAUUGUCCCUACACAGUGUGGGCCGCAGCACUCCCUGGCGGGGGCCGCCAGCUCAACCCCAGUCAAAAUUGGACCUUCUCUAUAGCGAGCAACACAGAUAAUUGUCGCGUUUGGGGUCGAACCAACUGUGAGUUUAAAGAUGGUGGCGUCGGCCGCUGUGAGACUGGUGACUGUGGGGGCAGGCUGGAAUGCAGCACCUUGGGCAAGGCGCCGUACACCGGUGCUGGUUUCACACUCAAUAACACCGAUGGAAUGGACUACUACCACCUCUCGCUCACCAAAGGCUUCAACGUGCCCAUGAGCCUGAGUCCUGAUAACCUAUCAAGUAAGUGCAAAGCAUUGCAGUGCUCAGCAGAUAUCAUUGGCCAAUGCCCAGCACCGUUAAAGGCUCCAGGAGGGUGCAAUGACCCGUGUACAGUGUUUAGAAAUGAGAAGGAGUGCUGCACAACUGCCGCAAGUUGCAGCAAAACACCCUACAAUGAGUUCUUUAAGCACCUCUGCCCCCAGGCUUGGAGUUAUCCUAAGGAUAACAGCACCAUAACCUGCCCGGCUGGGACAAAGUUUAGGGUUACUUUCUGCCCAAUAUAA